AUGUUUGGGAGUUCAGCUGGAGGAACUGGUAAAGGAUUUUCGUUUUCAUUCAACUCCACUACAACAAGUACUUCUACAUUAUGUACAACCACAACUACCACCACAAAGCCUCUGUUUUCGUUUUCUACCACCUUCUCAACUCCUGCCAGCACACUUCCUUCAGAGUCUUCAAUUUUUUCUUUUGGUACCGCAUCAAAGCCAUUGUUUAGUGCAGCAGCUUCAACUACUGUUCCUACUACUAGUACUACAUGGGGAUUUGGUACUUCAACCACUUCUGGAACAACAAGUUUGUUUGCCACUAAAGUUGCAUCAGCUACAAAUACAUCUGCUGGAAGUACUGAUUUUUCGUUUGGUUCGAAAUCGACAAGUACAAUGAGUGGUUUGUUUGGUGCAUCAACAACCACGUCAGCAUUCGGAGUACCCAAAACACCAUUAGUAGAAGGGUCAAAAACAACAGCGACAACUGUUGCAGCUACAGCAGCAGUCGUAAAUGCAGUGGCCUUGCCAUUUUCGUCGUCUGCCGGUUUUGAUGCAAGUCAGAAACCGUUUGGUAAUUUAUUUACAUCAUCACAACCAGUGUCAUCUGUCGCAGUAUCUACAACUCUUCAGUCAAGCAGCGGAAGUCUUUUUAAAUCAGCUCCACCAAUGGCUGCUCCAGUCGGAUUUGUGUCUUCUGGUGCUUCAUCAACUUUGUCUUCUGUUGCCUCAUCAACUGCAGCAACAACCACACAAUCACUCUUCUCUUUUAGUCCCUCUCUUUUAAAUCAACCUGCUACUUCUUUGCCUGGAACUGGAACGUCGCAGUUAGCUCCCACAAUUACUUCUGCUGGGUUAGGUAUCAGUAUGGCAACAACUGGUUUGAUGGGACAAAAAGCAACUACUGAAACUUUUCUAAAUAAACCUGUUGCCCCAUCCUUCACUGCUACUUCAGCAGCAGGAUUUUCUUUUGGAGUUCCUACUACAGAGGAUUCAGCAGUUUCAGGCCUUAUUUUUCCUACAAUAGUCAGUACUGCUCCACUCUUUACUUCUGCUGCUCUUACCACAAGCUCAGUGAAUACUGUGCCAUUGUCUUUUGGUUCGACGGUUUCAACUUCUGGGGCUAUUUCAACUUCUGGGGCUACUGCGCUAAGUUUGUUUGGCUCUGCUGCUGCAACGAAUGUUACGCUUCCUUUGACUGGUUCGGUAACCACUAUUUCUAAUGCAAACUCUUCAUUUGGCGGAUUGUUUGGGGCCAUACCUACUUCAAGCAUAUCAUUUCUUCCAACUCUUCCAGCAGCAUCAACGACGACUGUGUCUGGACUAGGGGGGCCACAAUUUGGAUUGUUGUCAUCAUCAGUAGUUACUGCUCCAGUUUCCACACCUGUGGCUUCUUUCGGCGCUUCAGCUUUGACAGUGCAGCAGCCAUCAGUUCCAUUGAUUAGUACUAUACCAUCAUCGUUAAUUACAACCAGCACAACGUCCACAACUUCAACAGUGUCAUUAUUAUUUGGAGGUUUAUCGUCUGUAACACCAUCCAUCAAUACUGUUAUACCAACUGGAUUUACUUUUGGGCAGAUGGCAACUACAACAGCAGUUUCGAGUGUCGUUUCAGUACCAGUCAUGACAUCUCUGCUUUCAUCAACAACAAGUAUUGCAAGUACGGUUACUACAGGUUCAGUAGUUUCAACAUCUUCAGCACUAUCAUCAUUGUUGUUUCCUCCAGUAUCAACGACUACUAAUCUUUUAACAACUCCGGCGACAACUACUACAACAACUAUUUCCAUAACGUCUUCAAGUGUAUCAGUGGCCAGCUCUGCCCCUUCUGUUUCAGUUGCUAAUAUUACCCCUGAUAAACCAAUAUCUUUUGCACAAUUAGAACAGCUUGUAAAUCGCCUGGCACUUGAUGUUGAAUCACAGCAACGUACCUUUAUGUCUCAGGUCCUGGAAUUGAAUGCUUAUGAUCGCGUAUUACGAGAAAAUCAAAAAAAGGUGCUUAUUGCUGAUGAAGAAAUUAAGCAGUUAGAAGAAGAAAAGGAUCGGUUUUUGCAUGUAGUUGAUUUCAUUUCACAGCAACAAACUGAACUUGAGGCUUUAGUUGUUGAGCUAGAAAAAUCUUUAGGUCUUGGGGAUUGGGCGGAAAUGGCACCAAUAAAAUUACCAGAUAUGGGGAUAGCCACUCAUGCUGAUAUGGAACGACGGUCAAUAUUGCAACUACAAGUACAGAUUGAUGCACAGCUAAAACAAGCAGAUGAUGACAUCAAUGAUAUCAUUGAGCAGGUGAAAGAGUUACAGACAGCAUCUGCUGGCGCUGAUGACGAGGCAGAGACUGCAGAUCAAAUUGCUCAAAUUCUUAGGCGUCAGUUGGAUGCUCUUCAGUGGAUUGAUGAACAGUGUAAGUUACUCAAAAGUCGAUAUUAG